CUUCCCCUCCGCGGUGCGAGUGCCCGGAUGUGGAGCUCCGCUGCGGCCGCCCUCCCGCCCACAGCCGCUGAAUGAGGGACAAGAUGCCACUUCCUGUGCAAGUCUUAAAUUUUCAGGCAAGCACUGUUUCAGGGUCAGGGAAUGCAGAUAGUCAGGAAGGGUGCCGAGAUAGCUCCACUCCCAGCUCAGCCACUUCUUCGCUCUCAGACCUUUACCUGACACCUCACAGCAGUAGGUCAGACUUGUUUCUACAUAGCACAGCAGGAGAUUUCAGCCUUAGCGCCAGCUUGUCAGCCUGCACUCUGCUCUACGAGGGGGCAGUGGAACCAAUGCAAAUAGAUGCUGAUCCUCAAGAUGAUCAGCAGAAUGCACCUGACACAAACUAUGUGGUGGAAAACCCAACACUGGAUCUGGAACAAUAUGCAUCUAGUUACAGUAGUUUGAUGCGAAUUGAAAGGCUCCUGUUUAUUGCAGAGCACUGCCCGCAACUGCGCAUUGAAGCCCUAAAGAUGGCAUUGUCCUUCGUUCAAAGAACAUUUAAUGUAGAUAUGUAUGAGGAAAUUCAUCGCAAACUGACAGAUGCUACAAGGGAAGUUCAGGGUGUGCCAGAUGCUGUCCCUGAAGCUGGGCUGGAGCCCCCGACACUGGACACAGCCUGGGCAGAGUCUACACGGAAGAAAGCUUUGCUAAAACUGGAGAAACUAGACACAGACCUGAAGAACUACAAGGGCAACUCUAUUAAAGAGAGCAUCAGGAGAGGACAUGAUGACCUCGGUGAUCACUAUCUAGACUGUGGGGAUCUUAGUAAUGCACUGAAAUGUUACUCACGAGCUAGAGACUAUUGCACAAGUGCAAAGCACGUCAUCAACAUGUGUCUAAACGUCAUCAAGGUCAGUAUCUACCUCCAAAACUGGUCCCAUGUUCUCAGUUAUGUAAGCAAGGCAGAAUCUACGCCAGAGAUUGCAGAGCAAAGAGGAGAGCGGGACAGUCAGAACCAGGCAGUGCUGACCAAACUGAAAUGUGCAGCAGGUCUGGCAGAGCUAGCAACUCGAAAAUACAAGCAGGCAGCCAAGUGUUUUUUGCUGGCUUCCUUUGAUCACUGUGACUUCCCAGAGCUGCUCUCUCCUAGUAAUGUAGCAGUUUAUGGAGGACUUUGUGCACUGGCCACUUUCGAUAGACAGGAACUGCAGCGGAAUGUCAUCUCCAGCAGCUCUUUCAAGUUGUUCCUUGAAUUGGAACCCCAGGUCCGAGAUAUCAUCUUCAAGUUUUAUGAGUCAAAGUAUGCUUCCUGUUUGAAAAUGUUAGAUGAAAUGAAGGACAAUCUUCUACUUGACAUGUAUUUAGCUCCACAUGUCAAGACACUCUACACGCAGAUCAGGAACCGAGCUCUCAUUCAGUAUUUCAGCCCAUACGUUUCUGCUGACAUGCACAAGAUGGCCAUUUCUUUCAAUACCACAGUGGGUGCACUAGAGGACGAACUGACGCACCUUAUACUGGAGGGAUUAAUCAAUGGUAGAAUUGAUUCGCAUAGCAAGAUUCUGUAUGCCAGGGAUGUAGAUCAACGCAGCACAACAUUUGAAAAGUCCUUGCAGAUGGGCAAAGAGUUCCAAAGAAGAGCAAAAGCCAUGAUACUUCGAGCUGCAAUUCUGCGCAACCAAAUUCACGUCAAGUCUCCUCCACGAGAAGGAAGCCAAGGCGAACUCAAUUCCGCAAACAGUCAAACUCGAAUGAGCACCAACAUGUAAUGAAACAAAGACCCUUUUAAAGAAGAGCCAGUACUGUGUGCUUUGCCUUCCACAGUUCUGUCAACAAAGAACUGCAUUUUGGCUUUAAAAAAAAAUUCAAACAGUUGUAGAAGUGAACCUCUAUUCUGCUGUUUUUGGGGACACGAAGAAAGUUUUGCUGUUUAAGUUAAACAAAAAAAAACCUUUGGAUUAAAGCGGAAGACCAACUGUGUGCCACAGGAUCCAAAAUCUUUACUUAAAAACAUUUUUUUAAUUAUUUGCAGGAUCCUAAUUGUGAUAACAGUGUGGGGGAGAGAGAGAGAUCUCAACAGUCACGUGACAAGGUUUUGUUUUCUACAAAACUGUGAAAAGAGCGAUGGAAUAAUAAAUGGAGGAUAUUGUACCAGUGAA